GGAAACCACAGCCCCACUUGUGCGCGUCAACGUGGGUGUUAGGGGACGUUUCCUGUAUUUUUCCAAUUCCACGCCCCAACUCGCGCGUGACUAUACGCACCACUGAUCCCUGUUUUCUUCCUUCUCCCUCCCGCCCCAUCAGUUUCCCCCAACUAUCCAUACAAAAGGAACCCUGAUUCUGCAACCCUAAAAAAUUCCCAAAUAUGGAUGCUUCGAAAUUCGAAAUUCCACGAUAGGCUGAGCUUGCUUCACCUUUGGAGAAAGAACCCUAAUAAUAUCUCGAUCGGCUCAAUUCGAAUUUAGGGUUUUUUUUAUUUGAGAAAAAAAAAUGGACAGGCGCGAUGAUGAAUUGCAGUUGGCCAUCUACAGGCCUCCCCCAAGCUUCACCGGCGGGUGCCUGGAAACCCGCCUCUUCUACGUGAGGAUAGCGCCCUGCACUGUGGACGGCCUCCCCGACCGGCUGAAGCUCCGGCACCUCCGCCGCGAGCCAGGCGUCUUCCUGGAGAUAAACGGCGCGCGCAUCCCGCCGUCCGAACCCGUAUGCGUCAGCCUCCGCCGCGAUCGGGUCGACAGGGGCUCCUCAGAGGUGACGUACGUCAGCACCGAUAGCAUCCGGGUGUCGGGGCCCACGGAGUUCGAGGUCUGCGAGGAAGGAGACGAUGGGGAUAUGGUCCUCUGCGGCUCGCUGGAGAGAGACGAGGUGGGGCCCACGUGGGCCGACGGGAAUGCGUCGGGUAAUGAUUCUAGGACGGGUUGGAGCCUGGAGUGCUACGUGGCAACCUCCAUAGCCGAUGGAAGGUCGGUCCUUCUCCACCCGAGGAAAGGGGCUUGCUCGCCCUCGAUCGAGGUUUAUAUAGCGGGGUGCUGCUCUGGUACUCCAGUGAUCUUGAUGAAGACGAUUUUGGUUAGUCCGAGGAAGAAGGUGAGGCAGGGGAUUACACUGGACUCGAUUCCUGAGGAUGAGGAGAUGGGGAAGGAGCAGGUGAAUCUGUGCAAUGGGGUGGUGAGGCAUAGGAAAUUGCAGUCCAUGCCGGCUGAUAUGGAUGAAUAUGACUCGGACGGGAAAAUCACAAAUGGCAAUUACUCUGAAGAAAUGUACCCAGGUGAAGAUGGUCAACUCACGUGGUUCAAUGCCGGUGUAAGGGUCGGUGUUGGAAUAGGUCUAGGCAUGUGCCUUAGUGUGGGAAUCGGUGUUGGCCUGCUCAUGCGAUCUUAUCAAGCCACGACCAGAACUUUCAGGAGAAGGUUUUUCUGAUUUCUACAUUCGAAAAAAUAAAAAAUAAAAAGAUUUAGCUGUGAGCAUCGUAUUUGAGAUGAAAAGCAUGCUUUUUUGCGGUUUUACUAAAGAUCUGGAGACAUCAUAAAAUGCCGCCAGAGAAGUGAGAAGCACACCAUACAUAUAUAUGCUCUUUAGUUCGUUUGCCAUUUGAAAGUGUUCAUUGUGCAGUGCAGUGUUAAUGUGUGUGGCCUUUGCGGCACAGAGAAAACACCUGAUCUUGUUUAUAUUGUAAGUGCUGCCUGGGUCUUUCGUAGAUAUCGUUUCUAACUAAGUCUUUUUCCCGGUUGGAACAAUUUUGUCGGAGUAAAUUUUCUUUUCCUUUCACUUUCUUUGAGUUAGUUUUGACGGGAUAUGGUUCUUUGUCGAGUUUUUGAAUAAGUAUGGUGGGCAGAUCAUGCUGCUUUGUAACGUGUACAUUGUUGUAAAGUUUGUUUUUAUUAUGUGUUGGAUCAGUGGGUUUCUUUUCAAAUGCUUGCAUGACUUGACAAUGUUGUAAAUGUUGGCAUUAAGG